AUGAAGUUCGCACUUCUUCUCGCUUUGACCGUGGCCGUCGCUGCCUUGGCUCGAGACCAAAUUGUCCCAGCCAAAGUUGCUUGGGGCGAUGAGGCCCCUGACGACGGUUUCGAAAUCGUCGGGGACCAGGAAGCCCAAUUCGGCCAGCACCGUUAUGUGGCUGGGCUCAAGCCGGCGCCCAAUAACAUAACCGUGUGCGGCGGCAGUCUGAUCGCCCCCAAUGUCGUUUUGACAACGGCGCAUUGUUUGACUGGUAAACUACCGUCUGUGGUCGUGGGCACGCACUAUAUAUUCGGUUUUGCCGACGGGGAACUGGCCACUGUCACCCAGGAAAUCAAAGACCCCAGUGGCGCCGACUUGGGCAUCGUAAUCUUGGACCGCAACAUCACGAGCAUCCAACCUGUGACGGUGUCGUUUGAAUUCGUUCCGGCGGACGUGCUCACUUGGGUACGUGGCUGGGGACGCCUCUGGGGUCGUGGCCCCAAAUCGCGAGUACUCCAGGAGGUCAGCGUCACGACCUGGAACAAUACCAGGACAUCGGCUGCGUUGUUCCCCCAUCCAGUGAAUGAUACCGAGUUGGGUGCUGGAGGGGUGGAAGGAGAAGACUCAUGUGACGGCGACUCGGGGGGACCGUUGACCAUCGAAGAAAACGGUACCGCGCGCUUGGUGGGGGUGAUCGCCCGGGGUUUUGGCUGUGGUCUGCGCGGCAUCCCAGGUAUCUAUGAACGCACAAGCGCUGCUCGUGCGUUCAUUGAACCGUACUUGCCAAAGUAA